UCUUCGUCUAACCCACAAAACCAACCCUCGCCCCAUUUUAUAGGCAUUAAAAGUUACCACAUAGUCUCUAUUUUAUAGUCUUGAUCUGAGGCUAGUUAUACUAUUAACUAUAACAAUUUCUAUAUACGAACCAACUUAUAUCCGCCCAUAAACCUAGAAUCAACUCCCCAAACCGGAAGAAAUAAAAAUGGCAAAACACCCAGCCGACCCACGCACCUAUCUCCCGUCUCGCGCUCAUCCCGAGCAUCGCUCCCAUCGCAAGCAACUCGAAAAAGAGCACCCCUUUAGCUGGACCGAGCCCCUAGUUUUGGGCAUGCUUGGCGUAGGGCUAGCCUGGAAUAUCGAGAAACAAGUGAGAAAGCAUGAGGAGCGAAAAGAACGAGAAGGUCAAGAUACCAAAGAUCGCGAUGACAGACGCAGAAGACGGCGGGAAAGACAAAUUCGUGACGGAAGCUUUGAUCCCUCAAGGCAAGAUGAUGAAAGUAAUAGUAGCGGAAGUAGAGAUAGGGAGAGAGGUAGCGAGAGAGAAAGGGGCAGUGAUAGGGGAAGUGUAGCAAGAGAUACUGUGGACCUAGAAAGGAGCCGGAGAAGAGGUCGUAGCAGUCGACGUGAUCGUGUGCAAUCUGUCGAUACAGGCCAUCAUGACGACCCGAGGUAUAUCGAAGAUGACCGGUAUUACGAACAAUCGCGAUACGACCGAGCGUCUAAUGACACUAGAUACAACCCAUACAUACAAGACGACGCCGAAACUGGGCGAGGCCGUGAUACGUAUAGCAGAAGUCGUCGCGACUCUUGGUAGUUGUUGGCGUUUUUCUCAAUCUUACGAUCACGACCAUAUGCUACAAUUUCGUUUCAUUCUUUCAGUUGUAUUAGGCAUUUCAAUCGCAACUGAGGCGGCGUUUUUUAAGGAAUACGGGAAGCAUCAGACCUCGGGGUUUGGUCGUUUGGGAUGCAUCAAAAGAGAAGAGGAA